ACUCCCGGGUGGGAAGCACUCUGGUAAGUGGAAAUUGCUGGUUUAACUGAGGGACAGCAAACAAUUGGGGGGAGGAGAAAGAAUCAAGGUAGGAAGAUCAGUUGGCCAACACUAUCAACCUCCUCUUUUGACAUACAUCCAUCAAUCGAAGAUGAAGCUCGAGAUUUGUUCUUUCUCUGGUCACAAGAUCUACCCCGCCAAGGGUAAGACUUACACCUUCCGUUUCAUCAACGGUAAAGCUGCUUCUUAUUUCCUUCAACGUUUGAACCCCCGUAAGGUCAGAUGGACUCAAAUCUACCGUCGUUUGAACAAGAAGGGUAUGACCGAGGAAGUGCAAAAGAAGCGUUCUCGCCGUACUGUCAAGCACGAACGUGCCGUUGUUGGUGCCUCUUGGGACGCCAUCCGUGCCAAGCGUAAUCAAAAGCCUGAUGCCCGUGCUGCUGCUCGUCAAGCUGCUAUCUCCAAGUCUAAGGAAGCUAAAAAGGCUGCUGCCGCUGCUAAGAAGGCUGCCAACCCUACUGCCAACCAACCUAAGGUUAGCAAGCAACAAGCUAAGGGUUUCGCUCCCAAGGCUGCCGCCACCUCUCGCUAAGGAAAAAAGAGUAUAAUAAUCUAAUGUUGUUUCAUUUCUAUUUUCUUGUUGAAUAAAGUACACUAUACAAUAAAAACAGAUAGUAGCAACAGCAUACUGACGGUUAUAGAUUGAUUCAACCGCAGGUAGCUUAAUAUACUUCGAAGUGUCUUUAGGACGGUUAAAUGUGUAGUCCGCUUACAGCAAUGGGCCUUUCUUUUAACGCGUAAUAUGGAA